CUUCGUAUCUAUAUUUCGUGGUUACACUUUUCAGAAUGUUUUGGUUAUUUGAUUAUAGUUUUAUUUUAAAAUUUUAAUUAUUAUAUUGUAAUUUAAUUAGUUAAUAAUUUAAUGAAUAUGAGUAUCAACAGUGACAGCAGCCAAUUAUCAGGAAUCUCUGGUAUAUCAAAUUUAUCAUGUUCCAGUUCUAUGUAUUUAACGACAAAAAUAAAAACAAAAGAAUUGUCAUUAAAUAAAAUAUUGGAAGCAUUAGCAAAAUGUGAAGAGUCCAUUUACCAAGUAGCGCAUCGUAAAUUAAUUUAUAAAUCACUCGAGAAUCUAAUCGCUGAUGAUAAUAACUUUAAGCCGGAACUGCUGGAUAAAUUGAAACAAAUAAUUUUAGUCAACAAAAUAAAUAAAUAUCUCGUCCUGCCGAAUGACAGUAACGAGAAAUUUACAUUACUGGGACUUAUGGAAACUACGAAGCCUGAAUUUAGUUGUGAAGAAAGAAAACUCAUAAAAUUAGCUGUAGAAACGGAAGUAUUGAAGAGUAUUAAUAGUUUUAUAUCAAAAUAUGAAGAAUAUGGAGGAAAUUUAAUAGAAGCAAUGGGAACAAAGGACUCAAUAAUGAAACAACAAUUAUCCGAAUUCAAUAAAUUAGACAUAACAUAUUGGAAGGAUAAAAUUGAUGAUACUUUCGAUGAAUACCAACGACAUAUUUCGAUCUGUGCAGAGUUAUUAGAAGAAUGGUUGCAGCUCAAGCACGAAGACAUUGAAAGUUUUAAUAAUAAAAAAGCUAAGUCCAAAUUACUUGAAGCAGAGAUACUUGAGAUCCAAGCAAAAAUAAUGAAAAUUAAGUAUACAAUAUCCAUGUUUACUGAAACAUCGAUAACUCUAGAUGCCUUCAAAAUAAUCGAUCAAAAGCUGGAUGAUAAAUUGGAUGAAAUUUUAUUAGAAAUGAAGAAGAAGAAAAUAUUAUCGAAACAAUAUCAGGACCUACGUGGAACUGAGUAUGAUGAUAUACUGAAAAGAUAUUUGGAUUUGAGAUCCACGAUUGAAAAAGAAGAGCGUUUAUUAAAUAGGCUUUAAAAUUUAGUUUUAUAAUGCAAUUAAAAAAUAUUUAAGUGAAAAAAGAACUUAUUUAUAUUUUUUGUAUAGAGAUCAAUAUAAAUUAUUUAAAAUCAUGUUACAAAUCAAUUA